AUGGCGUGGGAUCAUUUGGACAUCGAUAAGCCUCAUCUGGCGUACAUGAUCCUCGGAGGCUUCACCGGGCUGUUCAUGCUUUGCUCCCUCUUCGUCAAGGAGAAACUGUACAUUGGUGAAGCAACUGUGGCCACACUGUGUGGUAUCAUCUUUGGUCCUCAUGCCGCCAAUCUGUUCAACCCCGGCGAAUGGGGCAAUGUCGACAAAAUUACCCUCGAAUGUUCGCGCAUCGUCCUCGUCGUCCAGUGUUUCGCCGUCGGUGUCGAGUUGCCCAAAGCGUACAUGGAACGUCAUUGGAGAUCUGUCUGUCUCUUGCUCGUUCCCGUGAUGACUUGGGGCUGGUUGGUCACUAGUCUGUUCAUUUGGUGGAUGGUGCCUCCUCUCAACUGGCUGGAAAGUCUCGUAUGCGCUGCUUGCGUGACAGCUACCGACCCUGUCUUGGCCUCUUCGGUUGUCGGUAAGGGUAAAUUCGCCAAGCGAGUCCCCAAACAUCUGCGAGAUCUUUUGUCCGCCGAGUCCGGCUGCAACGACGGCAUGGCCUUCCCGUUCAUCUAUCUCGCGUUCUAUAUCUUCCGCUAUCGCCCCGAUGCAGGAAAGGUGUCGCUCAAUUGGUUCUGUGUGACGAUUCUCUAUGAGUGUAUCUUUGGCGCAGUCUAUGGUUUCAUGAUCGGAUAUCUUGCUCGCCAUGCCAUCAAGUUCGCCGAGCGUAAGCAGUUGAUCGAUCGCGAGAGCUUCCUGGUCUUCUAUUUCGUCCUGGCCGUGUUCUGCGCCGGCUCUGGAAGUUUGCUGGGCAUGGAUGAUCUUCUGAUAGGCUUUGCUUGCGGCGUUGGCUUCAGCAACGAUGGCUGGUUCACUGAAAAGACCGAGGAGUCUCACGUAUCCAACGUCAUUGACUUGCUUCUCAAUCUGGCUUACUUUGUCUAUUUCGGAUCUAUUAUCCCCUGGGAGGACUACAACAACCCGGAUAUCGGCCUCGUGCCCUGGAGGCUCGUUGUCAUAGCGAUUCUGGUCAUCUUCUUCCGCCGGAUUCCGAUCAUGAUGAUAUUGAAACCAAUCAUACCAGACGUGAAAACAUGGCGUGAGGCUCUUUUCGCAGGCCAUUUCGGACCCAUCGGUGUCGGUGCCAUCUUCGCCGCAAUCCUAACCAGGGCUGAACUCGAAAAUGAUAGCACUCAGCCGUUGGCUGAGUCGCAACUGCCCAAACCCGGGUCCCCCGACUAUUAUAUAGUGCAGCUGAUCUGGCCUAUCACCACCUUUAUGGUCAUCUCAUCCAUUUUGGUGCACGGCUCGUCGAUUGCCGUCUUUACCCUUGGAAAGCGUAUCAAUACCUUGACCAUCACGCUGUCGUACACGGCGGCCAAUGAAGAGGGUCCGUCUUGGAUGAACCGGCUGCCUCGCGUACAGUCGUUGGCCAAAGGGUCAAUGUCAUUCCGCAAGACCGACGCAGACGAGGUGCGUGAUUCGUCUACUGAGCCGGAAUUCCCUCCUGGAACUCUUCCACCUAUUGGCGUUCCUGGUAACUUUUUGCGACGAGUUCGUGAGGAAGAAUCCGAGACACCCACCGGUCGACCUCCUAGUCGCAAGCCUCGCAGACGUCGUAGGCGGGAUGAUGGAGCUGGAGGCCCGAUCAGCCAGUCAGCCAUUAUGCCUCAAAGGUCGCCCGAGGCUGGUGAGGAGAGUGAGAAAUCAAAGGAGGAAGCCGAGGAGCGGGAGAAGAUUGAACGGGGAGGAUCUCCACCGAACCAUGAGCGUGAUCGGUUUGGCCGAGAACCUGCCUUAGAGGUGUACCUGGAAGGCCAUACGAUGGUCAUUGAAGACGAAGAAGGCAAUGUCCUGAAGACGGAAGAUAUUAGUCAUAAAUCACCUGAGGAACGGCAGCAGCACAUUGAAGAACAAAGGCUGCGGCUGCAGAAGGAUAAGUCGGGCGAACUGUCCAAAUCUCGCAGCCAGCCACAUGAGAAGACGGAAGGAGAAGAAAUCCAGCAUGCAGUGGAAGCUGCGGCCGGGCCCCCGCUAGGAAAAGCUCGCAAGCAGUUCGGCAAAUGGGUCGGUUGGGGCAAAGGCCGCGGCGAGCAAGCGGAAAGCAAGGAGGCGAAGAAAACUGCAGAGAAGAAAUCGACCGAAGAAUCUGGCAAGCAGACCAAGGGCAAAGCUCGGUCGGCUCACGCGUAUCAAUUCGGCAAUACCAUUAUUGUCGAAGAUGAGGACGGCGAAGUCAUCAAAAAGUACUCGAUUCCCGCCCCUGGCAAGCCCGAAACCGGAGCUGCUGGCCUUCGUGGCCUGGGGCGAAUGGGAACCUGGUUUGGCAGAGAUGGCGAGGCGGAGACCUCGCAAGCUGCACAGAGCAGAAAGGACGAGUGGCUAGCGGAUGAUGGACUGCGGUUCACCCUGGCUAACGACGACGAAGUUGGCAAGCGAGGUGUCGGUCACAAGGGUCGCCGCAUGACGAAACACGAGUUCGCCGAGCAGAUCAAGAAUCUGGACCCUAAGGCUCGUCGCCAGUUGGUCGAGGAGACUGACGUUCCCGAGCGUGUGAAGGAUGUCGCUCAGGACGAGGCCGAGCAGCGAGAAUCUCUCCCAGCACAACCUGUUGAAGUGUCGGUAUCGCCUGGGACUGAGAUAGAAUCUCGUGGCAUCGAGCAAUUCGACUCUGACAGCGAGACCACCGACGAUGAAUCCGAACAGGACAUUCCCGGGACCGACGUCGCUGCUUCGCUGGCCAGGAUGACUCGAGGCUCGGCUGCACAGGAGCGACGCAGUCACUUUGAGCCGUCCGACUCGCCUUCCAGGCCUUGGCUGCGUUCGAGAAGAGACUCCGAAGACGAUGGUACCGAGCGUAUCCCACCAGCUCGCCUCCGAGAAGCAGCUGGUCUUGCGCGUCCCCCGCAGGAAGCCGACUUGGACGACACGGGUGAAACACCUGCAGAGCGUCGUCGUCGUCUGGCGGCCCUGGGAGAAUUGGACAACGAUCCGGACUCUGAUGACCCGGGGGGCCCAGUCGAAGACACGGACAGCGAAGACAAUGGUGAAUUCCGCCAAGUGCGAGGAAGAGUUCAGUUCGCGGAUGGUUCUCGGGCGUCUGCGCGAAGAGACGAUGCUGGAAUUGUAAGCGGACUUCCAUCAGGGUCGCCGGAUCAAUCCUCGGGUCGCAACGGACACCGCACACGCAUUUCGUGGGGAGGAGAGAAAGGUCGCGAGAGUUGA